CAGGCUGAUUCCUCCGUCACUGACCCCCAAGUCGCCGCUGACCUCAAGAAGAAGCGGACGUUCCGCACCUUCUCCUACCGUGGCAUUGAGCUCGAUAAGCUCCUGGAUCUGAGCAACGAAGAGUUCGUUGAGGUCGUCCAUGCCCGUGCUCGCAGGCGGUUCCAGCGCGGUCUCAAGCGCAAGCCUAUGGGUCUCAUCAAGAAGCUCCGCAAGGCUAAGAAGGAGGCGCCCCCCAACGAAAAGCCCGCGGUCGUCAAGACCCACCUCCGUGACAUGAUUGUCGUUCCAGAGAUGAUCGGCUCUGUCGUCGGUAUCUACAACGGCAAGGUCUUCAACUCGGUUGAGAUCAAGCCUGAAAUGGUCGGCCACUACCUUGCCGAAUUCUCGUGCUCGUACAAGCCUGUCAAGCACGGUCGCCCCGGUAUUGGUGCUACCCAUUCGUCGCGUUUG